AGAGCGCGGCCGGCUCCGCAGGCUGGCUGCGAGCUCGCGGCUUCCGGGAGCGCCCCAAGUCUGUGGAGGACCUCCCAGCCCGCAGCCGCCGGCGACCCCGGCACAACGCGCCUCGGCGUCCGCAGGGCCGCGAGUCGCAACAAGGGCGCGGGUCCGGCGCGGUACCGCCUCCUCCUCUUCUCCAGCCGGCUCGCAGCAGCGGAGAGCUUCGGAGCUCGGCGGGCACCCGGGCCGCGGUGCGGAUGAGCCGCAGCGGCUGAGGACUCGACCGGCCUCUGCCGGGCGCCCGAGCGGGGCCGCAGCGCCCAGGGCGCGGGUGUGCGCGGGUGACAUGGGGACGGCCUGACUCUCGCUGGGCCCGGAGCUCUCUCUCCGGCCGCGGGCCCUCCUCGGCGGCGGCAGCUGCGGGCGCCCGGCCCGGUGCGCUGUGCCCGGGCGCCCGCCGAGCUCCGCCGCGCUCUAUGCGCCUCUGCGGGAGCCGCGGGCCCUGGCCAUGGCGAUAGACCGGCGGCGCGACGCGGCGGGUAGCGGUGCCGGACGGCAGCCGGCCCCGGCCGAGGAGAACGGGUCCCUGCCGCCCGGGGACGCGGCGGCCUCGGCGCCCCUCGGAGGACGCGCGGGCUCCAGCGGCAGCGCGGAGAUCCAGCCGCUGCCGGCGCUGCACCCAAGCGGCGGCCCGCACUCGAGCUGCUGCGCGGCGGCAGCCGCCCCGAGCCUCCUGUUGCUGGACUACGAUGGCUCGGUGCUGCCUUUCCUUGGGGGCCUGGGCGGCGGCUACCAGAAGACCCUGGUGGUGCUCACCUGGAUCCCGGCGCUGUUCAUUGGCUUCAGCCAGUUCUCGGACUCCUUCCUCCUGGACCAGCCCAACUUCUGGUGCAGCGGGGCCGGCAAAGGCACCGAGCUAGCGGGUGCCACUGUCACCGGCCGGUGGGGCGACAUGGGCAAUUGGACCAGUCCCCCAGUCACCCCUUUCUCCACUGCUGCCUGGGGGACCGCGAGCAACCGAAGCAACAACAGCGACACGCCACCCCUCCCGUCCCCUCCAGGCAAGGGGAACAACGAUUCAAAUUGCGACUGCCACGCUUGGGACUACGGCAUCCGCACUGGCCUCGUCCAGAACGUGGUCAGCAAGUGGGAUCUUGUGUGUGAUAAUGCCUGGAAGGUCCAUAUCGCUAAAUUCUCCUUGCUGGUUGGAUUAAUCUUUGGCUACCUAAUAACUGGAUGCAUUGCUGACUGGGUUGGUCGGCGGCCGGUACUGCUCUUUUCCAUCAUCUUCAUUCUGAUCUUUGGACUGACUGUGGCACUGUCGGUGAAUGUGACAAUGUUCAGCACACUCAGGUUCUUUGAAGGAUUCUGCCUGGCUGGAAUCAUCCUCACCCUGUAUGCGUUACGAAUAGAACUGUGCCCUCCAGGAAAACGGUUCAUGAUUACCAUGGUGGCAAGCUUCGUGGCCAUGGCAGGCCAGUUCCUCAUGCCAGGGCUGGCCGCGCUGUGCCGGGACUGGCAGGUGCUGCAGGCCCUAAUCAUCUGUCCCUUCCUGCUCAUGCUGCUCUACUGGUCGAUAUUCCCCGAGUCUCUCCGAUGGCUAAUGGCUACCCAGCAGUUUGAGUCAGCAAAGAAGUUGAUCCUGUACAUCACACAGAAGAACUGUGUGAGCCCUGAGAGUGACAUCAAGGGAGUGAUGCCGGAGCUAGAGAAAGAACUUUCACGGAGGCCCAAGAAAGUGUGCAUCGUGAAGGUGGUGGGGACGCGGAACCUGUGGAAAAACAUCGUGGUUCUCUGUGUGAACUCACUGACAGGGUACGGGAUCCACCACUGCUUUGCGAGAAGCAUGAUGGGCCACGAGGUGAAGGUGCCCCUCCUGGAAAACUUCUACGCUGACUACUACACCAUGGCCAGCAUCGCGCUGGCCUCCUGCCUGGCCAUGUGUGUGGUCGUCAGGUUCCUCGGGCGCAGGGGAGGCCUGCUGCUCUUUAUGAUCCUCACCGCCCUGGCCUCACUUCUGCAGCUUGGCCUCCUCAACUUGAUCGGCAAAUACAGCCAGCACCCAGACUCAGAAUUGCAGCUGAAGUUGGCCGUAGGGAUGAGCGACAGCGUCAAGGACAAAUUCUCCAUCGCAUUUUCUAUCGUGGGCAUGUUCGCAUCCCAUGCAGUGGGGAGCCUCAGUGUGUUCUUCUGUGCAGAGAUCACCCCCACAGUGAUAAGGUGUGGUGGGCUGGGGCUGGUGCUGGCCAGUGCAGGCUUUGGUAUGCUGACGGCGCCCAUCAUUGAGCUGCACAACCAGAAAGGCUACUUCCUGCACCAUAUCAUCUUCGCUUGCUGCACGCUCAUCUGCAUCAUUUGCAUCCUCCUGCUGCCCGAGAGCAGGGACCAGAACCUGCCCGAGAACAUCGCCAAUGGGGAACACUACACGCGGCAGCCGUUGCUGCCACACAAGAAGGGAGAGCAGCCGCUGCUGCUCACCAACGCGGAGCUCAAGGACUACUCGGGUUUGCACGACGUGGCGGCAGUGGGGGAUGGGCUGCCGGAGGGGGCCACCGCCAAUGGCAUGAAGUCCAUGUAGCUUCCUGGGCCACACCACCUUCCGCCAGUCCCCCUGAGGCUUGAAGGGCUGGGGAAAGUUUGCACACGGAUUUACAGACCAGAGAGAGGACGCGUGGCUGGGGGAGGAAGUCUGUCUCUGCUGCUGACUCGGCUCCAUCGUGAGACUUCCAACUGGUGUGGGGAAUUCUGUCUUUCCAGACAUCCGAGGAACAGAUCUGAGAAAUCAGAUGUUUGGGAAAUAACCCUUUGAAGACUUUCUUUUCUGCCAUUAAACGUUUGUAUUUAUUUUGG